GUGAUUCUAACUGCACACAGUGCCUCAGUCCUUGAACUGGCUGAUAUACUGUAUGACUGUAUGUUACCAUAGGUACGUGAAGGAAAUCCUUAAGAUAAGAUGUAAAACACACCAGCGAGCUAACACUAACAAAGUCAACUUGCUAACUAAUAAAUGCUUAUAUUACUAAAUAGUAUUAUUAGUCAACAUGUGCUGUUAGAUAACCUUUUACUAGUAGCCUAAGUAUCAAGUAUAAGUUUCAGUGCUUUGCAAUAUAUAUGUAUAUAUCUAUACAUACACAGUAUAUGUAUCAAUAUAUGUAUCUAAACAUAUACAUAUAUAUGUGUAGAUACAUAUAUCUACACAUAUAUAUGUUAGAACAUACAUUUGGGGCAUGAUAAAAUGUUAUUUUGAAAUGUUCUGCUUAUCAUUUUAAUUCCAAUUGAAAUUCAUGAAUCUGUUUUCGCGGCAUAUGUUUUUAUGAAUAAUCUGAAUUAUGAUUGAUCACUUCCUUCCUGAAAGUGUGUGUGUGUGUGUGUAGUGAACGCACUGGAGAGAGAUGCUGACUCCUGAAACACCCCUGUGUGUGUGUGUGUCCCAGACGGUGUCAUUGUUGUCAUGAGUGCGGCGUGAGUCCCCCUGCUCGUGUGUCAUGGUGUGUGUUUGUGUCUGUGUGUGUUUGUGUCUGUGUGUGUUUGUGAAAUACACCAGAAUUCCAGACUUCCACAUCGAAUGCUCGACCUUCUUUUGCGUUCCGUGUGCUUCCAGUCACCUCAGCAUCCGCUUCUCAGUUUGGAAAAGCAGUUUAUUCAUAUGGCCUCCUUUAUCAGUUGACCUGGCACAUCCUCUAUAUCUGUAAAGCAAGACCAGUUUCCAUCAGUCAUGAAGUAAUGACUGACUGACACGUCUACACACACACACACACACACACACACAGUAAGGAGAAUGUGCUCGGAAGUGGGAGUAAUGGUGGAUUGCAUGUUGGUAAUUAGACUGUGUGUGUGUGUGUGUGUGUGUGUGUGUGUGUGUGUGUGUGUGUGUGUGUGUGUGUGUGUGUGUGUGCAUCGAUGGGCGUUGCAGGAGGCUUUAUGGGAGGCGACAUAAGAAGCUGACCAGGCCCGUGUCGUGGACCUGGAUUUGGGUCACAAGUUUUUCUGCUGGAGGAUUCAGUCGGAGAAUGGACCCGAAGGCGACACACACGGCAGCCAUGGCAGUCGAAGACGAGGGGAAAAACUCCAAGAAGAAAAGCGGGACUGUCUGCGGCUUCCCAAUCAGCAUCUUUUUCAUCGUGAUCAAUGAGUUCUGCGAACGCUUCUCUUACUAUGGCAUGCGAGCCGUGCUCGUGCUGUACUUCAAGUACUUCCUGCAGUGGGACGACGACUUCGCCACCACCAUCUACCACACCUUUGUGGCGCUGUGCUACCUCACCCCCAUCAUGGGGGCCAUCGUGGCGGAUUCAUGGCUCGGCAAGUUCAAGACUAUUGUUUACCUGUCCAUCGUCUACACGGUCGGGCAGGCCGUCUUGGCUGUAAGUGCUAUCCAUGACAUCACAGAUGCAAACAAGGACGGCACUCCAGACAACAUGACCUUUCACGUGGCGCUGUCCAUGGUGGGGCUGCUGCUCAUCGCCCUCGGCACCGGGGGCAUCAAACCCUGCGUGUCGGCCUUCGGUGGGGACCAGUUCCAAAACCACCAGGAGAAGCAGAGAAGCAUCUUCUUCUCCAUCUUCUACCUGUCCAUCAACGCUGGCAGUCUGCUGUCCACCAUCAUCACCCCCAUCCUCAGAGCUCAGGACUGUGGCAUAUACACCCAGCAGAAGUGCUACUCGCUGGCCUUUGGCGUGCCGGCUGCUCUCAUGGUCGUCUCUCUGAUUGUGUUCAUUAUUGGAAGUGGGUUGUACAUUAAGACCCCCCCACAAGGCAACAUCCUGGUGAAAGUGUUCAAGUGCAUCGGGUUCGCCAUCAAGAACCGCUUCAGGCAUCGCGCUUCGGAAUUCCCAAAGCGAGACCACUGGAUGGACUGGUCCGAGGGGAAAUACGAAAAACUCCUGAUCGCCCAGGUGAAGAUGGUGCUGAAGGUGCUGUUCCUCUACAUCCCUCUGCCCAUGUUCUGGGCUCUCUUCGACCAGCAGGGCUCCAGAUGGACCCUCCAGGCCACCAACAUGAACGGAAACUUUGGAUUCCUCACGAUCCAGCCGGAUCAGAUGCAGACCGUCAACCCCAUCCUGAUCCUGGCGCUGGUGCCGAUCAUGGAGAGCGCGCUCUACCCGUUGAUCGCCAAGGGCAAAAUAAACUUCACCCCCUUGAGGAGGAUGACUGUGGGGAUGCUCUUCGCUGCCCUCGCCUUCGUCGCUGCUGCCCUGGUCCAGAUCCAGAUCGACAAAACGCUGCCCACUUUCCCGUCCAGCAGCGAAGGUCAAGUGAAGUUCAUCAACAUAAACAACCAGUCGCUGGACGUCACAGCGGGGACCAGCGAGUUCACCUUGAGGGCGUUCUCGGCCAACGAGGACUACCUGACCUUUGACCAGCCGUUCAUCGUGACUCUGGGGCCCGACAACGGCUCCUUGACCACUUUAGAGAAAGGCAGUCGGAGCACCAUGGUCAUCGUUCCGGGGGAGGGGCUCCUCUUCACGACGCUACAGUUCACGGACAUCAAAGCGAAGCCGGAGCAGGGCGCUAACGCUAUCAGGUUUUUCAACGGUCUCGGCUCGGAUUUGAACGUCACGGUCGGCGACCUUCCAAACGUCACGGUCGGCGACCUGAACUUCGGGGUCGUCGGCGCCAACAACAUGUCCGCCUACGUCAUGUUCCCUCAGGGAGCCACUCAGUUCCUGGUCCGGAGCGCCGCUGAAGACUGCGUCUACAGUCAGGACCUCGGCUUCGGCAGCUCCUUCACGUUGAUCAUCCCGCCGACUUUUGCAUUUGGAGAUAAUUGCGAGCAGGGCGUCCAAGCCGUGUUGGACAUCAAGCCCAACACCAUCCACAUGGCCUGGCAGAUCCCGCAGUACUUCCUCAUGACCAUAGGGGAGGUGGUGUUCUCCGUCACCGGCCUGGAGUUCUCCUACUCACAGGCGCCCAGCAACAUGAAGUCGGUGCUGCAGGCCGGUUGGCUCUUCACCGUCGCCGUGGGCAACAUCAUUGUGCUCAUCAUCUCCGAGGCUGCGACGCUCGAGGACCAGUGGGCCGAGUACAUCCUCUUCGCCUCCCUGCUGCUGGUGGUGUGCUGCAUCUUCGCCUUCAUGGCCCACUUCUACACCUACAUCGACCCGGCCAAGAUAGAGGCCGAGUUCGCCCGGAAGGAGCCCGAAGAGGAGGAGAGGAGGAAGACGAGCAUGGAGAUGACCAGGAAGGACUCGAAGGAGGAGAGGAGGAGCUCUGACUCCAGCUCUGACGAGAAAACCAAACAGACCCGGAUCUGAGGCCCCGUUUAUGAACAAUAAUUCAGACGAUAUUGUCUGUCUUUUAUGGAUCGCUCUUGUAAUUUUGUUCAUUCGUCACUCGUGCUCCCGCAUAACCGUUUACCACACAUACAAAGAAACCAUUCCAACUUUUGUAUAUAUUUUCGAGCAAAGUUUCUAAUAUUUUGUCAAUAUACACAUAUAUGAUGUUAUUGUGUUCCAAGGUAAAGUCGGAACAGAAAUGUGUUGAAUCAUAUUCCAUAUUGAAACUCUUUGGUUUUGGUAUUUUGCUUUUUUUAGAACGCAGCCUAGUGAUGCUGGCUGCUCGAUGAAGAUGAAGAUGUGAAUAAAGCGUCACACAAAGGUGA